AUGAGUGCACUUAUCGAAACUACUAACACAGAAAACAUCAUUGCCGAGACUGCCGCAAAGAAGUUAAAACUCGAAGAAGUGAGUCAAUAUUGUCUCACUUUUCUAUGGAUUAAGAUAUUCAAAAAUUUCAGGUCCCUUCUUCCCGUCUCACAGUUCGUUUCACCAAAUUGAAUGAAAAUGCUCAAAUGCCAACUUACGGAUCAUUGGCUGCUGCUGGAGCUGAUCUUUACAGUGCUGAAGACUGCGUAGUUCCAGCAAAAGGAAAGUAUUGUGUUUCGACAGGAUUACAAUUGGAACUUCCAUUCGGAUAUUAUGGCCGUGUUGCUCCACGAUCUGGUCUUGCUGCCAAACAUUUCAUCGAUGUUGGAGCCGGUGUUGUUGAUAGCGAUUAUCGCGGAGAAUUGAAAGUUCUUUUGUUCAACUUCAACGAAACUGAUUUCGAGGUUUGGCUUCAGUCAGUGUUUAGAAAAUAUGUAUGUUCCAUUUUCAGGUCAAAAAAGGCGAUCGCAUUGCUCAAUUGGUUUGUGAACAAAUCGCCCAUUGUACAUACGAACAAGUCGAAUCACUUGAUGACACCGAAAGAGGAGCUGGAGGUUUCGGAUCAACCGGAAAGUAA